AUGGCUUUGUUAGAUAAGCACCGGCCGAGGCAGUCACUGGUCACCGCGUUUGUAGCUUGGAAGUGUUUUCUCCUGCUGGUUGUGGUUGGCAGCAGCCUCGGUUCGGCCUACGAUACUUCCACCACCCUGAUGCAACAUCACGUGUCAUCCUUCAACGAGUCAGUGUUCGAUAUUGCUACGAAAUUGACAAGAUGGGAUGCGAUCUACUUCGUUCAAUCGGCUCGUCGUGGCUACGUGUUUGAGCAAGAAUGGGCAUUUGGCAUGGGUUUGCCUGCUGUGAUCUCUAGGAUCGUCAAGAGGCUUGGACAAUUGGGUGUCGAGAACAACGAAUCAAUUGAGCCUCUGAUCGGUGUUUGCAUAUCCCAUGCUACACAUCUGUUGUCCGUACUUGCACUAUACCAGUUAGGCUUGAAGCUCUACAGUCAGCGUAUUGCUUUCAUUGCUGGGCUACUUCAUACUAUCUCUCCGGCUGGUCUCUUCCUUUCGGCCCCCUACAAUGAGGCUCCAUUCUCCUGCCUCACCUUUGCAGGUUUGCUGCUCUUCUCACGGGGAUGUUUGAACAAGUCGCGCGAUCUUCUCAGCGACGUUGCGAUCGUGGCAUCUGGCUUUAUUCUGGGUCUCGCCACAACUUUUCGCAGUAAUGGCAUUCUAAACGGAGUUCCUUUCGCCGCUUACGCCGUCCUUGAACUUUGCCAUUUUCUGAAAAGUCCGAAUAUGGUCAGUAUCAGGCGCCUUGCCGCGCUUGGUAUUGGGGGGGUUGAUAUUGCACUGGGAUCCAUCGGCCCACAAGCUCUGGCCUACGAAAUCUUUUGCUCCGGCCCUUCCGCAGCUGAGCCGAGGCCCUGGUGUAAUAACUGGCCACCCAGCAUCUAUGCCUUUGUACAAGAGAAAUAUUGGAAUGUUGGGUUUCUUCGAUACUGGACUCCCGGAAACAUUCCACUCUUUCUCCUAGCGGCUCCUAUGGUCUAUUUAUUGACGAAGUCGGGCUGGGAAUCCCUGGCAAGGGCUCUCGAUAGUGCCCGGCAACAGAGGCACAUGAGCACGUUGCUGUCAGACACCUCGGUACUUGUCGGGUCCAUGGCCUUGACGCAACUGCUGCUAGCUGGGGCCGCUGUCACAACUUACCAUAUCCAAGUGAUCACAAGGCUAUCUUCCGGGUAUCCCUUGUGGUAUUUCUGGCUAGCACAAAACCUUGGAAAGUCCGAAACGUCCAAGACAGCAGGUGGCGUCGUCAUGUAUAUGGUAAUGUAUGCGACCAUUCAAGGCGCACUGUUCGCAUCGUUCCUGCCACCAGCGUAG